CAUAAUUAAGACUCGUGAUGCAAAUUUGCAAAUUUCGGAAUUUUUUUCUAAAAUCCGCAAAUCUAUUUCAUAACAAGCGACUCCAUUCUUGCUCAACGCAAAAUGCAUGACUAAUAACGUAUCUGGUUAUUAUCGGACACCUUGUAUAAUAGUAAGUAUUAAAAAAAGGACCGGCAAUAUCACCCAAUAUUAUCUGUGACAUCCAAGUAAUGUGACGAAUGGUGACGAAGUCGUAAUCUCAAGAGGGUUACAUACGCAUUUAUUUCUUGCCUUGAUUGUCAUUGACAAUGCCACUCGGCUUUAGCCAUCACUGAGAUUAAUAUUUUACCUUUUGUACAAAAAUCGUCACAGAAGAAUGGGUCAACGAGUCUCAAGAACGGAUUUCGAAUGGGUUUAUACGGAGGAACCGCAUGCCUCGCGGCGUAAAAUAAUUCUAGAGAAAUAUCCACAAAUUAAGCAAUUGUUUGGAUAUGAUCCAAACUUCAAAUGGGUUGUUACUGGGAUGGUAUUAAUACAGUUCCUAUCAUUCUUUAUUGUUAAAGAUUUGAGUUAUUCCAAACUCUUGCUAUUAGCAUAUUGCUUUGGAGGUGUAAUAAAUCACUCUCUUAUGCUUGCAAUACAUGAAAUAUCUCAUAAUCUUGCCUUUGGACAUGCCAGACCUAUGGCUAAUCGAAUAUUUGGUUUUUUUGCAAAUCUGCCAAUAGGAAUACCAGUAUCUAUCAGUUUUAAGAAAUAUCAUCUUGAGCAUCAUCGUUAUCAGGGAGAUGAAAAAUUAGAUACAGAUUUACCAACAUUAUUAGAAGCGAAAUUAUUUUGUACAACUUUUGGAAAGUUCUGUUGGAUAUUGUUGCAACCUUUUUUUUAUUCAUUUCGACCUCUUGUAACUUAUCCAAAAGCACCAACUUCAUUGGAAUAUAUAAAUUUAGUUAUACAAUUGAUAUUUGAUGGUUGUGUAUGGUAUUUUUUCGGUGGUAAAGUACUAUUUUAUUUGCUUUUUGGCUCUAUUAUGGCAAUGGGAUUACAUCCUGUAGCAGGUCACUUUAUAUCGGAACAUUACAUGUACAAAAAAGGUUUUGAGACUUACAGUUACUAUGGUCCUCUAAAUUUCAUUACUUUCAAUGUUGGAUACCACAAUGAACACCAUGAUUUUCCUGCAGUGCCUGGUUCGAGAUUACCAGAAGUAAAACGUAUAGCCGCAGAAUUUUACGAUAAUUUACCACAGCACAAUUCAUGGGUUUCUGUUUUGUAUGAUUUUGUGAUGGAUCCUGAAAUCGGGCCGUAUGCAAGAAUGAAGAGAAGGCAUCGAGGAUUAAAUUGACAGAUUUUUUUUAAUUCUCCUUAGUUUUUCUAAAAAUAUACUACAUAAGAUUUAUACAUCACUAAUUCUGCAUAUUGUUAUGCAGAAUUGCAUAUUAUAGCACAAUUUAAAAAUUGUAUUCAGAAAAAUGAAGUGUGAGAGUUAUAUGCUGAGAGACUUGUAAGCUAUUGCGUGCAUAAUUGUAAUAUAAAUUUCUGAAAAAUUUAGAGGUAAUAUAUAUUAUGG